CACCUAAACUAAGAAGUUUGGGUGAAAUUCUUCUUCCCUUUUCCCUUUUAUUCGCCCGCGUGACAACCCUGUUCGGAGACCCAAUUGACACGCCAAAUUUCGGGCUAAUCGGUAUCGGGUCCAUCAGUGCUGCUCUCGUCUCAACUGAGAGGCGGUUGUCUCACAUAAAGAAAGAAAUGAAUGAUGGAAAGCAGAGAGAAGCGUCGCCAUCUGUUUCGCAGAAAUCUGUUUCUGAUGAUGAUGAGAUAGACUACUCCAUCAAGCCAGAGUUUUACGACUCCGACCUCGACGACAAGGACGAAUCAUGGGUUCGAAAGAAAAGGGGUGGCCGUACUUCUGAUGCCAUACUCAGUUGCCCGGCUUGCUUCACCACGCUCUGUCUUGAUUGCCAGAGGCAUGAAAAGAAUGUAACACAGUAUCGAGCCAUUUUUGUGGUGAAUUGUAAGAUCAAUGAUGAAGUGAUGACACAGCUUGGAAGUAAACGAAAGUGGGGCAGAAGGAAUGGUGAAGCAGAGGCAGCUUCUGAUAACAGUGGAACUUUUAAACAUGUGUGUUGUGCAGUAUGUUUAACGAAAGUUGGAGUCAUCGAUGAGGAGGAGGUCUAUCAUUUCUUGAAUGUUCUUCCCAGCGAGUGUUGACUCUUUAGUCUAUAACUUCAUGCUAACUAAUCUACUACUGUCCUAAAUGUUUGUGUUAAACUAAUGCCUACAAGUGUUGUUCGGGUAUAAGUAUGUAUAAUAGAUUUUGUGUUGGAAGCAGCUGCUAUGAUUUUGUUUGCCAUGUUGUGCUGAGGAAACUAGUAUUCUGCUGCUUCUUGUUCUUCAAAUUGUUUGUAAUGACCAAAAUUCUCACAAUGAGUUCUGGCUGUGGUGGAAUUAAA